CAGUACACAAAUAGAAUACACGAAAAAGUCAACAAAGGAGGGCCAAAGCCAUAUUUUGCCUACACACGCAGAAUGCAAUUACCAAAAUUGGAGAAACUUUCAACGAACUCUACAUCAAUUUCUUAAUUUUCUUUCUCCGUCUGUUUAUGCCAAUUUGAUUACUGGGUGCAUAAAAAAUCAGGGUCAGCGGCAGAGUCAAAAUCCAGUAGGUGAACAAUUUUUUUUUUCCUCCUUGUCUUUUCUUGAAAAUUCUCUGAUACCAUUCGAUCGACGAGUUGGACGCAGUGAACUUGGAAUAGACGAGGGGUAUAAAAUUUCAAGAUUUCCAAUCUUUUGAAGUUUAGAUGUUUUUUAGGAGAAGAGGAAGCUGAGUUUGAACUGAACUGAAUGAUAUGGAUUGUCUAUGCUGUUCCGAUACGCUUGCAGGAGGAGGGUCAUCAGUACGUUGUGGCAAAGGAAGAAGCAAUGAAGGUCGCGUGAAGUAUGGUUUCAGCUUAGUUAAAGGGAAAGCAAAUCAUCCUAUGGAGGAUUUCCACGUUGCAAAGUUUGUUCAUUAUAAUAAAAAGGAAGUUGGACUUUUUGCCAUUUAUGAUGGACAUUUGGGAGACAGUGUACCUGCUUAUCUGCAAAAGCAUUUAUUUUCUAAUAUAUUGAAGGAGGAGGAGUUCCCUGGUCAACCACAUCCAGCAAUCUUUAAAGCAUAUGAGAAAACAGAUCAAGCUAUUAUCUCACACAACCCUGAUCUAGGCAGAGGCGGCUCAACUGCAGUAACAGCCAUUCUAAUAGAUGGCACUUUGUGGGUGGCUAAUGUUGGGGAUUCGCGAGCAGUCCUUUCAAAACGGGGACAUGCUAUACAAUUGUCAAUUGAUCAUGAACCCGAUAACAAUACUGAGCGGGGCUUCAUAGAAAAUAGAGGCGGUUUUGUCUCUAACAUGCCUGGAGACGUUGCAAGAGUAAAUGGACAACUUGCGGUUUCGCGUGCGUUUGGUGACAAGAACUUAAAGUCCCACCUGCGAUCUGAUCCAGACGUUACUAGUGCUGCAAUCAGGGAGGACAGUGAUCUCCUCAUCCUUGCCAGUGAUGGCCUCUGGAAGGUAAUGACUAAUCAAGAGGCUGUUGAUAUUGCAAUGAAGAUCAGGGACCCUAUGAAGGCAGCAAAGCAAUUGGCCAAGGAAGCGUUGGAAAGAGACAGUAAAGACGACAUUUCUUGCAUUGUUGUCCGUUUUUUGCGUUAAUGGGGAGAUUCAAGCUUUGCACAAUCUUCCCCUUUCCCUUUCCCCAGUAUAUAUAAAAGGCCAUUCUAUAUAUAUAUAAAUAAAUAUAUAUGUAAUGUGACCAGGAUUUUAUUACAGAAAAGUGUUCCAAUGAGACUUCAGAGUAUUAGCAGCAGCAUAGCGUGUGUAUCCUAGAAAGUGAUUUAUAUGACUCACCCAUCCCCUGGUGUAAUAUGUUUUAUUGUUUUAUUCAGGUUGUGCGAUAAUUAUAUAUUGAUUUCUUCAUUGUGUAGUUAUUAUUACUCACAUGAUAGUACUAUGAUUAUU